UCAUAAUCUUUCGUCCAUAUCUCUGCAGUGUACUUUGUUUCUUGAACUUAUCCGUUGGAUCCACCUUGUUCUGCUGAUUGCUGAUUCAACCGAUUAAUCAAUUCUAAAAAUCCAAACGUAAGUCAAGGCCAGCGGAAGGUUCGGUAUGAUGGCUUCGACGGGGCCUUCAUCUCGGAAUAGACAAACAGGAGGCACUUCACAUGAGGCAUCGUCCUCGGCAGCAGCCUCAGAGCAGGCUGUUUCCCGAUCUGCCUUGACAACCUCUCGGGCAAAUGCCGCUCUCUCACAGACCAUAUCGGGGAUUUCUGCCACAGGAAGAUCCAUUUCGUCACUUGUGUCGUCAGGAUUACAACAACCAAAACACCGUAUCAUGGAGUUUGUCCAUGCGUUCGAUGUCUCCGAGCUGGCAUCGUCAGCUCGGCAUACACUCUCGACUACCAGUAGUAUUGUGUUCUCACCAUUGACAGUACAGGCGGUCAAAGGUGAUUUAACCGGGAUAGCAAACCUGACUGGAUUAUCGGGUAUGGCGCCUCAUCUGAUGGCAGGCCAGUAUCUUAAGCGUGCGACAGCAAAUGCACAGGCUUUGACUCUUACAGGUGCUACACAGCCAACACCUAUACCAGCCGAUCAAUUACUCACGGAAGAGAUUCCAGACCCGGGAGCUAGAGUUUCACUCUUUCAAGGGUUCAGAGCAUCAUAUCCAGGACACUCAAAAAGCGGAAAGCGAAGCAAGCACCAUCAGCGGAGGCGGAAGAAUGGGUUUGGGGAGGUGGAUGAAGAUGAUCCCAACAAAGCAUUCUCCUCAUUGUUGAGCGAGCGAGAGCGGACGAUUAAAGAGCAAGUUAAGUUGCAGACACAAAAGACCGUAAUCCAGUCGGAAAUUGACCAGAUCACUGCCUCCAUUGAGACUCUACAAGCCAAGCAAGCGAAUCUUGGAUUCAAACUAAGCAAGCUGACCGAGCGUGAAGAUGAUCUCGCUGAUACAUGUAAGCUUUGCAUUAGGAAUAGAUGAAUAAGCAUUUCUGCUGUCGGAUUUUUUUUUUUUUACUCUCGCUGAACCAAUACAUCGAUCUUGAUCCUAUUUCAUUAUAGUGGCAGAACUGAACG